AUGGGUGACUUUUCAUUAACAACCUUUACAUCAAGUGGAAAAUUAAACUAAAUUGAAUACGCUUAAAAAGCAGUAGAUAAUGGAGACACAGCAUUAGGAAUAAAAGCAAAAGAUGGAGUAGUUAUUGCCGUUGAGAAAAAAUUAUCAUCAAUCUUAGUAGAUGAAAAUAGUUAUUAAAAAAUAUAGAAUUUAGGCGAACAUGUAGGUGUUACAUAUUCAGGUUUAGGUCCCGAUUUUCGAGUUUUGAAUUAAAAGGCAAGAAAAACAGUACAGUAAUAUUGGCUUUAAUACCGAGAAAAUAUUUUCGUGACUUCCUUAUGUAGAUAAACAGCCUCUACUGUUUAAGAAUAUACACAAUCAGGAGGUGUAAGACCUUUUGGAGUUUCAUUAUUAGUCGCUGGGUAUGAUUCAGAUGGACCUCAUUUAUAUUAAGUAGAUCCUUCAGGAGCUUAUUAUGGGUGGAAGGCUACUGCUAUAGGAAAAAAUAUGAAAAACGCAAAAACAUUUUUGGAAAAAAGAUAUUCGCCAGAAAUGGGUAUUGAAGAUGCAAUACAUACUGCUCUUUUGACACUAAAAGAAGGAUAUUAAGGAUCUAUGAAUGCUAGCAAUAUUGAAGUUGGUGUAGUAAAAAGUGAUGGUAAAUUUAAAGUACUUAGUGUAGAGUAAAUUAAAGAUUAUUUAGAAGAAGUCGAGUGA